UGGAUGCACACGUGUGCGAGUCGUUGGACAGGAAUGGAGUGGUUGUCGUUCACGUGAACUCCACGGCGAAGAACGCGGCCGACGAUAAGCUCAAAGAGUUGAUCGAUAUGUUUGUCGACAAGUUUGGGUCCGAUUCAGUACUAGUGGUCAUCACCGGUGACAUCAACUUCGCGACGCCUAUACGCGGCGCCAGACGUAAAGAGAUCGCUGUUGUCCUCAUUCACGGCACCAGUCAUUCACGAGAUCUCAAGAAUUUGGUCGACGAGUCGUAUCUCUUCGAAGACGUGAUCAAAGGCUGUGAGACUAUCACUAAAGAGGAGAAGCAAUUGAAUACGGCUUACCUGAAAGUAUCAAAUUUGCCGAAAGAGGGAUCCAUUGCACCCAUUGUUAACCGAUUGAGUCAUUUGUCGGCCAAUUGUGGCGGAAAAGUAGAGGGCGUUGUGUCCGGAGAAGCGGUCAUUCGGUUCGGCUGUAAAGACGACGCCCAGAGAGCUCUGCAA